AUUAGCCAGGAGGAGAGCACUAUGGCAGAGUGAAAAAACCCCACAAGAAUAGAUUACCAGCUUAAGAGAAACCCAUCCGGGCCGUUAAGAGACGCUCCAAACGCUGAGCUGAGAUGAGUGAUGUGAGUGAAGAGUCGCUGCUGGAUUAUUUCUACUCGGCCGGGGGCGACUCAGGCAGAGUCAAAAAUGCAGAUAUACUGAAGACAUUUAAGCCUUUUAUUGGGCACAGUGACUCGCAGUUACGUGCCAAAUACCGAGAGGAAUUCAAGCUCAUCAUUGACCGAAUCGCUGUGGUGAAGUCAGAGAAUGGGGAGAAGUAUCUUGUCCUCAAGAAGAAGUACAAGCACAUGCUGCAAGAGCGAGACACCAAGCAUCUCAGGCAAGACAGAGACCCACAGAGACAUCCAAGCCCGGCCAGAGCGACAGCCACGGUGCAGUGGGAGGUGACGAGCACCCCGACGUCGUCUCCUCAUGAGAAGGAAGAACAGGAUGAGCCGAUGUCGUGUGGAGAGGCUGAUGGUGCAGCAGAGGACCAGCAAACAGGAACGGCCCCCGUGCAGGGCCCUCCACGGGCACCUCCUGCCAUCCAGAUCCAGGAAGCACCGGUGGACAGCAACGCAGAAGAUGAGCUGGACAGAGAUUCUGGGUCAAAGUCUGAGUCGGAGCAAGACGAGGAGGGUACGGGCAGCAUGGGCUCUGCUUCUGUCGCUUUGGAUCCUUUAGAGAAAGAGUGGAUCUAUUCUGCUGCCGCCGCUCGAGUCCCUGACCUCUCUCAGCUGCUCAGCCAGGACCGCUCGCUGGCAAACAAGAAGGACUUCACCUCAACAGCUCUGCAUUGGGCUGCCAAACAUGGCAAUGAGGAAAUGGCCAUUCUGGUGGUUAAUGCUGGUGCUGAUGUCAACAUUAAAUCACACGGUGGAUACACACCUUUACACAUCGCAGCGUUACAUGGACAUCGGCACAUUCUUGACCUGCUCAUAGGGUCGUACGGGGCUAAAGAAAACUUGCGGGACUACAGUGGUCAUCUCGCCUGCCAUUAUCUGAACAUCAAAGAGGCAGAAGGACCAGAUGAAGACUGUGAGCUACAGUUUCAAGUAACUCAGGCCAGAGAGCGGAACAAGAACAGGAAGUUGGCAUCGCUGUUCCACUCCAAGAAGAAGUGGGGGUCGGCAGAGGAGCUGGCUCCGAUAGAGGAGGAGAGGACGGCGCCACAUCAGCUUGCCCUUCCUGCUUUUAGACCCAGAAAAUUCUCCCGCUGAGGGAAAACAAACUCCAGGGUCAACCCUGUUCUGACCCUGUUCCCACACUCACUCUGCCCUUUCAGGCAUUCAUAUCUACACCAAAUAUUAAUGCGCAUAUUUAUUAUAUGCACACACACAUAUGAUUCCUACCCGUUCUUACAGAUCCAAUCAUGUUGGCCAACUAAACGGUUCAUGCAAGUAAAGAAACCAGAUAUAUUUAUAAGGAUUGUGAUGCUUCUUCGUGCAUAAUCAAUAUUUUUUGCUUACAGCCUUCUUAAGUAUUUCUUAAAGAUUUGAAGUGUUUGUAAAUGUUGCUAAAUGUAGGCGUUACAUGCCUUACAAGUUUUCCAUAAGCUGAGGCCACAUGAGGCUCAAGCUGCUGAUUUUCUCUAUUUUUCUUAUUGUUUACAAAUUCAGUGAAAAGACCAAAAUGCUAACAUCUUAGUCCUCCCCUCUACCCUUGUUCAGUCUGUCUGCAGCUUUACUGGGGACUAUGUUCAGCUGUAGGUCGGUGCCUUAGUAAGUAUUUAGAGAGCCAAACUUGUAUUUGGGAUUAAAAUAAACUACACAGUGUUCAUGAUGAUGAAGACAUGUCGCACUCUUUAAACGAGGCUCACUGAUCUGUAGUUUUACUUUUUGGACAACAGCUGAGCGCUAAAGGCACAAGAAGAACACAAACAAACAAAAAAACUUUAUUAGACCUUAAGUUAAACAAUAAAACUUGUAAUUUCCACAUAUACAUAUAGAAAUCACUGGUCUUAAAAGGGAUCAUUUUAUGGUUUUUGUAUGUUUUGGCCUCUUAAAUGUGCCCUAACUUACCCUGAACACUGCUUUUAAACUGCUUUCCUUCAGUCACUGACAGCAGUUAACGUUAAUUAUGUGGUGAAUUUUUUAUUUCAGAUUUAACACUCUUAAGGAAUGGUGCAGAAAUGGCUUGUGUAAUGAGGAGGGUGGUGGCUCUUUUUUUUUUUUAAUAACAGUGAGACCAUUUUUUUUAAAGAGAAUAAACCCGAUGCCUUAAAGUAAGUACAAAAAUAAUUCACAAAGAACUCUAAAUUUAGUGCUUAACCGUAACUUUUUACAUUUUAAUUAUGUUUUCCGUUUUACUCUGCUUUUCACCCGGCGAUCCUCCUUUAUUAGUAAUUCUUAGAGUCGAAUGUCAGAUAAUGCUUCUGGCUGCACCAGCUCGCACUCAAGUACUGAGUCAGCAACACAACUGGAAAGAUGGGGAGCUGGAAAAUUCUGCCAAUAAUGAGCAAAGCCAAUCAAAAUAAGGAAGUAAAUAAGGAAGAAUUUGCCUCUCUGCAUAAUAUCUGGCUGUUGUGUUAUUUGUAGUAAAAGGGCUAAACAUACAAAACCUUCAGAUUUUUCCUCUUUAAAUCUAAUCCAGGGAAUUCUCGCACAAAGGAGGGGAAAAUAAUGCCUGACACUAAACUUGCAUUAGCAUUGUUUUUGCCAGUCUUUCUCUCUGUCGUGUUUCUCUCUGCCGGUUGGUCAAGAAUAACCAGUUUGUAUUUUAAUGAGGAUAAUGUUCAAUAAGAGUGGCCACUGAAUCGAUGCAGGAGUAGUCUCAGUCUCAGGAAUAACAGAGUGACGUGAAGCAGAAGAAGAAGAAAAUGACAAUAUUUUCUGAUUUCCUGAGACUCCGUACAGAUCAGGUCACUCUGUUACUUGAUGAAAGGUUGUUUUUUUUUUUUUUUUGGGGGGGGGGGGUGGCUGAUUGUACUUGAUUUGUUCACCAGCUGCUUAUCAAAAUGCCUGGUAACGGGUUUUUUUUAAAGGACUGUUAUAUUGUGUUUAAAACGUUUUGUCAGUUGGUUUUAAUGCUUUAAAAGUCAAGUGCUCGUUACUUUUACCUUGUUAUUGAAGAUUCUCGUUUCUCCUUUCUAAAUUAAAUAUCAUUUGUUACAAUUAUUUUUAACCUAA